GAAAAAUUGAAAUAAAGAAAUUCAAAAGAGAAAAAAAGAAACAAGAACAUCAUGUUAAUCACUUGAUGAAUAUUUUCAAUUGAUGAAUAUAUUUUCAAAAGAAGCAGGCAUUUCGUAUUCUGGAACAACAAAAGGCGUAAAAUAGUGAAACCUAAAUCAAGAGCUACAAAUUUCUCGUUAGUGUUAAGAUACGUCCCCAUGCAUGGGGACAUAUCUUAACUUUAAUCUUGCAUAAUAUGCAUAAUUGCAUAAUAUGCAAGAUUAAAGAACGAUUAUUGUUUCAAUGUGAGGAAUUUAGAGGAGUAUCAUGAAGCCUUAAACUUGGGAAGAUUAGCCAUAGGGAAUUAUUUGCUACCGGUUACUCCUUAUUUACCUGCUAAUAAACUUACUUACUGUUCCAGGUGCUUUAAAUUAGGGCAUAUCGCUGUUGAUUGUCAAUGUCAGCAUCUGAAAUGUAGAGUGUGUUUAAAUCCUUUUGAUAAUAAUCAUAAAAAUCAUUGUGAUGGAAGAUUUAGGUGUGCACAAUGUGGAGGCAAUCAUCUCUCUCUAGACAGAAAUUGCCAGAUAGUACAAAAUUAUCGUUUAGAGUUAAACAAGGCGGUUAAACAAGCGACUGAAAAAGGUGAAUUAAGUUAUGAUGGUUCUAAACAAUUUAAACAAGUAAAGCAGAACGACUAUUGUUAUGAGGAUAAUGCAUUUCCCUUGUUAGAAAAACAUGUUAGAAAUGGAGAAAACCAUUGGAAAAUAGUUGAAAAUAAAAUGGAUUUAAGGGAUAUAUUAACUAAACUUGACAACCAAACAGAUCGAACAGUAAAUGAGUUUAUAUCAACAAUAGUGGAUUUUAUUAAUGAUAUUGGGAAACCAGUAGUAAAAUUAGCUACUCACGAUAAAGUAGAAUUAACAAAAAUCAUGGUUGAUUAUGUUAUAAAACUACGAAGUAUUGAAGAACGCCUACAUUUAAAUUUCCAAUUUGAGGAUAUGCCCACAGGACCGAAUAGAUUAACAACAAAUGAAGAAGUAAAUUCUGACAUUUCAAUGAUUAAUAACUCACUACUAACUACAACAAUAAUACCGAAUCAAAGAAGAACAACUACGUCAGUAGAAAUAGAAGUAAGAAAUGAUCCAGAAGAAAACACGAACAUUGUUUCAUUAACCUAG